GGGGGCGUGGCCGCGCCGAGGGGGGGCGGCCGAGCGGGCAAGAUGGCGCCCGGCGAGUGAUUUGCGCGGAUUUCUCCGGUGGUGGCUCAGGCACCCGGGCGGGGGGUUCUGCUCCCACUGCCGCCCUUCCUCCUCUCCCCACCCCCGGAACCCCCCUCCUGCCCUUCCUCCCUCGGCCUCGGGGGGUGGGGGGAGGCAGGCCUGGUUCCCGGGACAGCAUGUCGGACUCUGAGGAGGAGAGCCAGGACCGGCAACUGAAAAUCGUCGUGCUGGGGGACGGCACCUCCGGGAAGACCUCCUUAGCUACAUGUUUUGCUCAAGAAACUUUUGGGAAGCAGUACAAACAAACUAUAGGACUGGAUUUCUUUUUGAGACGGAUAACAUUGCCAGGAAACUUGAAUGUUACACUUCAAGUUUGGGAUAUAGGAGGGCAGACAAUAGGAGGCAAGAUGUUGGAUAAAUAUAUCUAUGGAGCCCAGGGAAUCCUCUUGGUAUAUGACAUUACAAAUUAUCAAAGCUUCGAGAAUUUAGAAGACUGGUAUACUGUGGUGAAGAAAGUGAGCGAGGAGUCGGAAACUCAGCCACUGAUUGCCUUGGUGGGCAAUAAAAUUGAUUUGGAGCAUAUGCGAACAGUAAAACCUGAAAAACACUUGAGGUUUUGCCAGGAAAAUGGUUUUAGUAGCCACUUUGUCUCAGCAAAGACAGGAGACUCUGUAUUCCUGUGUUUUCAGAAAGUUGCUGCUGAAAUCCUUGGAAUCAAAUUAAACAAAGCAGAAAUAGAACAGUCACAGCGUAUUGUCAGGGCAGACAUAGUGAAGUACCCGGAAGAAGAUAAUCAACAUUUCACCUCUGCUCAGACUAGACUCUGUUCAGUACAGUAGUGCAGAGGGUGGUGAAGGCAGAUAUUGUAAACUACCACCAGGAACCCAUGUCAAGACCUGUGAACACUCCUCGAAGCUCUAUGUGUGCAGUUCAGUGAGCGCGUGGUCCUGUGUUGGUGUGUUGGCUGCCCUGCCUCUGUGUGGGCUGAGGACCUGGAGGAGCUGAUUUAUCAGGGGCCAUCUCUGUAGCUCAGUUAACCCUUCCCUCCCUGCUGGCUUUCCCCGCUGUGCUGCUCCCGGCCACAGGCAGCUCCCGGACUGGAGAGAAUUCCACUUUGGGACCACACACUUGGAGUUCAGAUGGAAAGCCCAUUCUCUGGAGUUAGACUGCCUCAUUGAAAGAGAGUAUGUCGGUUCUCUUUCAUGUCUUCACUUCUUUUUUCCCAGAUGGCAGUUUUUUAAAACAAGUAUGGAAGCUAUCCAAGUCCUGAUCCUCAGCCAGGAUUUUGCCACAGCACAGUUUCAUUCUCUUAUCUGAACUCAUACAUGGCAAACAUGCUUCAGAGUACAGACGGUUAACAAGUAAUAUAUUUUAUCUACAGAUGCUAAAGAAGGCGACCUUUUGCUGUCUAUCGUCAGAGAAAAUAUAUAAAGCUGUAUCUAACUGAAAAUGCUGGAAAUAAAGCUGUAAUAGAAAUAUUUUUUCCAUUUUUUUUAACAAAGGACCUAAACUGUUUAUAUUGUAACUGUAGCUCACAGAGUGGUGAGUAUUGCUGUUGUACUUUAUCACUGUGUCAUGGUCAUGUGCAUUGUGGAAUACUCAGGUCCGAAGCUGCAUGGACUUGGAUGGAUGCAUCCGAGUACCCCAGGACAAGUUAGGCCUGUUGUUGGAUCAUUGUGGAUCAGACCUGUACCUGAUGUUCAGAUGUUUUUCUCCUGCAAAUAAAUUUAUUUAAAUUAC